AUGAUUGGUCAACAACUUAUCACCUUCCUUCCUCUCCUUUCCACAUUGGUCCUUGCGACUCCUCAUAAGAGGACGGACGAUUGGUCUUAUUCUUCAUCGCCUGAAUACUCUUCCGAUUCAGUCUCGUGGGAUUCAAGCAACUCAUACAAUUCCGGGUAUUCCUACAACUCUGGGGAAUCUGGUAACUCAUACGAUCAAGGAUAUUCUUACGACUCUGGUGAAUCUGGUAAUUCAUAUGAUUCGAAUUGGCAAGGUGAAAGUAGUGGCAGUGGACAUGCCACUACUAUCAAACAUGAGACUACUAUCACCACUCAUCUGGCUUAUGAGACACCUAAGUACGGCUCGGGAUCAAUGUGGGGUGGUGAUCUUCAAGGAUGUUUGAAUAUGUGUCAAGUUCAGUUCGGGGGAGGUUCUUCCGCUGCUCAAGCCACUACUACCUCUGCCCCUGCAACCGAGUCCACAGCUACUGCGACUCACACCAGUGGGGAAGGUAUGACCCAUACCGUCAUAGUGGCACCUACCAAAGGUGUCUUGCGAUUUGUACCUUUCGCCAUCGAAGGUAAUGAGGGCGAUACGGUGGAGUUUGUCUGGGGUGCUGGUCCUCACUCGGCUACCUUGAGUGAUGGUCAGAACGUAUGUAAUAAAUCGACUACAUCCAAUGCUUUCGAUUCUGGUAAACUCAACGCCACCGCGACCUUCCAAACAACCAUCAUCGGUUCAUCGCCCCAAUUCCACUAUUGUACAGUCGGUACUCACUGUACUUCUGGAAUGUUCGGAAUCAUCAAUCCACCCAACAAUUCUACUCCACCUGCUCCGGCUGCCAACGCUUCUUCCUCCGCCGCUGCCAGUUCGUCCGCCUCCGUGGAAGCUAGCAAAACUACUUCGCAGAAGCCCAGUUCGACAGCCGGCAAUGGUGAGGGCAAAGGUGGUUGUCAGAGUGUUGAUUGUUGGGUAUCAUCUUAUGAAGCUGCUGGAUCACAACCUAAAGCAACUGUUGCAGCUGUCAAAUCAGCAUGUCAAGGUACCGAUGGAGCUUGGGCAUGGGGCGGUAAAUGGGAUAUGUCGACUCUUAUUGUUGGGGGAGUUACUAAAGAUACUGUUGUUGAGAAUGUCUUAUACUCCCGAUUGAUGAUCGCCAUGAACCCCACUAUGUUAGUCGCCGGCUCUCCGGUCGGCAACUUCACUGCCCCUCCACCAUUGAACGAGUUCGUAGCUGCUGCUGCUCCUGCUGGCGAUAACUCCACUGCCACUGUGAGCGCAGGAGCCGAUGGGGCAGCAGUAGCAGCUACCGAUGCUUCUGCCAGUGCAAGUGGUGCUCAAGCUUCUCAAGAGGCUGCUAAUGCGGGUACCAGUACCAAUGGCGCUGCCCAAAUCGGUAUUACCAUUAGCACCAUCGCAAUUGCAUUCUCAGGAGCUGUGGUAGCCUUAUUACUAUAA